ACGUGAUUUUUGUCCCACGAACAAGAUUUGAACCAAUAAUAGGUCCUAAGAUCUUAAGUAAUCUAGAUCCGGCUCCCACUAGCACUGCUCUCUAAUAAACGUCAGAUCUGCAUCACAGCGAACCAGAGUUUAACAGGAGGCAGCAUGAACAUGAAGCGAAGAUCCAAGUCAAGUAGACGUUCAUCAAUCUUAAAGGUUUCCCGACCACUUGAUGAAGUUCAUAAUUUCUCAACAGAUGACAGGUAUCCCAAGAACAAACGUGUCAGCUUCGCAAACACAGUUCAAAUCAAAGAUUUUCGAGGAGAUCAGCCUACCCUUACAGCAGCUGAUGAUGCACAGCCUAGAGAUGAAAAUGCCCUGCCUGCUCAAGAGGAUGCUGAAACUGUUAUACAGAUAUCAACACCAAUGGGAAAGAAGAGGCGAAGAAUUUCCUCUGAUACUGGAUCCAAGUUUCAAAGACUCUCCAUAAUACCCAAACUUGAGAGAUCUUUUUGUCUCAGUGAAGAGAGCUUCGAGGUUUGUGAGGAUAGCAAUUCCGCUGAAGAGGGAGAGAGAAACGCAAUGAAGGAAUGUUCACUGCCAGCUGAGCCAUUACGCUCAAAAGAUGAAAAUGCUGCUCAUCUCAACUUAAAAGAAAAUAUAACUGUCAACAAAAGCUUCAGUAUGGACAUGACCAUGCAACCAAGUGAUCAACAACACUCGUCGUUUUCUCUGCUCUCCCCGGGAGCACUCUUGAAUGGAUCCUUUUGUACUUCUGAAACCACAAAUUUGACUUGCCCGGUACCUAAAACCACUAGUGUCGCAAAAGAGAGCCUAGAUUUCACAGCCACCAGUCAAAGUGAUGCUUUCUGCAGCCCAUUUAAAACAUGCAGCACCACACCUGGUGGCAUUGCCCAGACAUCUUCCUGCCAACAGUCUGUUGAUGUAACUGUUAAACUUCCUUCUGGUCCAUGCAACCAAUCCUUUUCUUUUAAUGCACCCUCUCUGUGCGACAGCCCAAUCAGUUGUUUAGUAGAUGUUCGGUCUGAAGCAAAAGCUGAGUCUCCCUCUGGGAAGUCCAACAACGGAAUGGAGGAACAUACGUACAACAAUGGAGCAGUCAAUUGUCAGCAGGUCCAACAAAAUGAAACGUACAAUGUGUCAAAUUUUUUCACUGAAACAAGUUCCCAGGAAAUUAGACAGCCCGAUUUAGAAUACACCUGUAGCUCCCACGAAUUCAAAGCUGUUAAUGGCUCUGAGAAUGAGUACAUGAACCUUACGCACACUAUUCAACCAACUGAACUGCAUGAAAAGGCAGCAAUGAAAGAACCAUCCGAUGUGUCUUCUGGUGUUGACCUAAAUACCAGCAACUGGUUAAAACUUGAUACUUCUUGCAAUGACUUCCUUGUUAUUGACGAAUCAAUGCAAUCCCCUUACUCUGCCAUGCCAAUACCUUCUGUGAAUGGAUCUGUACUGACCCCAUUGAAUUUGCAGAAAGUAAGUUUAUUGCCUAAUUCUGUAACCCAACUGCGAAAGUUGCAAACUCCUCUAAGUGGCUCUUCAGCUGCUGAUUUAAGCAAGCUUUCUGCAGCAAAGACUUUAAAAAACGAACUUCCAAGUACUAGCACGAUGAGUCAAAUGUUGAGUAAAAUUCGGCAGGCUACCAAUGACACUUCAUCCGAGACGACUGUCAUUACUACACCUGAAGCAGUUUUAGUUUCAUAUGCCAAAGUUGUUGACAAGCAAGCUACGUGUAGUCCCAUAUCCAGCCUAGAUUUAACAUAUGCCGCUGGUGAAAAAAGUAUUAUCCCAUCUCCUUCUGCAUAUGUCAAAUUUGGAGCUUUCUUGAAUUGCGAUCAAACCGAUACAACAAGCUUUUUAUCGCCUCUAAACAAACAGCAAUUACCGCAACAAAAAGAAGCUUGUAAACAAUCUUGUCUUUCUCAUCAUCUCACUCGGGUCAAAACUAGGCUACUGCAGGCUAUUGACUCACUGAGAGUACGUUUGAAAGACAGCACAUACACCAUAUCCCAUGAAGCAAUCACUCCAGCAAUAACCAUCCUUUUAGAUGCCUCUUUGCAAGCCUUGUGUGCUGUUAACCUUUUGGAAUCGUAUGGCAAAAUAACUGACCAUUCCGAGCCCUGUGGUGCUGCUUCACCCUCAAUUUGCACGACUGAGUUGUUGUCUACCACCAUUAAUGAUACAAACCUUCUUACUAAAGUUCACUGGCUUUCUGAAAUGCACAACUUCCUAAGUCAAGAUGUUUACCCAGCUGUAGAAGAGGCCAUGCACAUUGCUCAAACGUUGUACUAUUGGACCUUGAAAUUCUGGGACAAGAAAAGUAUUCAGAUCACUCUGGCAGAGGAAUGUAAUGUUUCUUUCCAGCUUUGCACAUUAGAAGAUAUGGAUAUAAAUACACCUGUCAUGAAGGUUUUGUCAGUUCACAUUCAGUCGUCACAUGGAGAUCGAUUAGACUCCACGUCCUGGAAAACACCACUCAUAGAGUGCUUACACACAUCUGACAUACCUAAGGCUAUUUUUGAAGCUUUGAAGAUCUUGCAAAAGCAAGUAAAAAGCGUUGGAGACACUGUGUAGUUAUACUGUACUAGUAAUUAAUUAUUUCUUGUAGGACGUCUGUUUCAUAAACAUUAGCGAUAAUUAUAAUCAUUUUUAGAAGUCCUAUUUUAAAUACAGUUUUUAGUAGUUCUCUGUCUUCAUAUCAUUUAGUCCAAGUUCUUCAUUUUGCUGAAAGUUUCUCUCAUAAUUUUCAA